CCUUUGCCCAUAUAUGGGAAUUGGCGGUUUGGCCACGCCCCCUUUUCCAUAUAUGGGACUGUGUGGUGUGGCCACGCCCCUUUUGCCCAUAUAUGGGAAUGGGUUCGGUUGGCCACGCCCCCUCUGGGAGGGGUUAAAGGGAGUCCAGGGCUCCCAGUAUGGCCCCAUCCAUCCCAGUUCAAUCCCAGUUCAAUCCCAGUCCAUCCCAGUUCAAUCCCAGUCCAUCCCAGUCCAUCCCAGUUCAAUCCCAGUUCAAUCCCAGUCCAUCCCAGUUCAAUCCCAGUCCAUCCCAGUUCAUCCCAGUUCAUCCCAGUCCCUCCCAGUUCAAUCCCAGUUCAAUCCCAGUCCAUCCCAGUCCAUCCCAGUUCAAUCCCAUUCAAUCCCAGUUCAAUCCCAGUUCAUCCCAGUUCAAUCCCAGUUCAAUCCCGUUCAUCCCAGUCCAUCCCAGUUCAUCCCAGUUCAAUCCCAGUUCAUCCCAGUCCAUCCCAGUCCAUCCCAGUUCAAUCCCAGUCCAUCCCAGUCAAUCCCAGUUCAUCCCAGUCAAUCCCAGUUCAUCCCAGUCCAUCCCAGUUCAAUCCCAGUUCAUCCCAGUCCAUCCCAGUUCAAUCCCAGUCCAUCCCAGUUCAAUCCCAGUUCAUCCCAGUCCAUCCCAGUUCAAUCCCAGUUCAAUCCCAGUUCAAUCCCAGUUCAUCCCAGUUCAAUCCCAGUUCAUCCCAGUUCAGUUCAUCCCAGUUCAUCCCAGUUCAAUCCCAUUCAAUCCCAGUUCAUCCCAGUUCAUCCCAGUUCAAUCCCAGUUCAAUCCCAGUCCAUCCCAGUUCAAUCCCAUCCAUCCCAGUUCAAUCCCAGUUCAAUCCCAGUCCAUCCCAGUCCAUCCCAGUUCAAUCCCAGUCCAUCCCAGUUCAAUCCCAGUUCAAUCCCAGUUCAUCCCAGUUCAAUCCCAGUUCAUCCCAGUUCAUCCCAGUUCAAUCCCAGUUCAAUCCCAGUCCAUCCCAGUCCAUCCCAGUUCAUCCCAGUUCAUCCCAGUUCAAUCCCAGUUCAAUCCCAGUCCAUCCCAGUCCAUCCCAUAUGACUCCCAGUCCCUCCCAGUCCCUCCCAG